AGAUUCAAAAUGGUUUUGGCAGAGCUGGGCCGUAAAAUAACGGGCGCUUUAAAAAGCCUGAACAGCGCAACAGUGAUUGAUGAACGGGCAUUCCAAGACACCCUGAACUUGGUAUGCAGGGCUUUGCUGGAGAGCGAUGUGAAUGUGAAACUGGUGCAACAGCUGAGAACCAACAUCAAGGCCCAGAUAGAUAUCGAGAACAUGGCCAGUGGUCUGAACAAACGAAGGAUGAUUCAGGCAGCUGUUUUCAAGGAACUCGUCAAGCUCGUUGAUCCGGGAGAAGACUCGUGGACACCCACGAAAGGAAAGCCGAACAUCAUCAUGUUUGUCGGUCUGCAAGGAAGCGGCAAAACGACAACGUGUACUAAACUGGCCUAUUAUUACCAACGGAAGGGAUUUAGAACUUGUCUGGUAUGUGCUGAUACUUUCCGAGCGGGUGCAUUUGAUCAGUUGAAGCAGAAUGCGACAAAAGCGCGAAUCCCUUUUUAUGGAAACCAAGUCGAAACCGAUCCAGCUGUGAUUGCCAAAGAAGGAGUGGAUCGAUUUAAAGAAGAGAAUUUUGAAAUAAUUAUUGUUGAUACGAGCGGACGACACAAACAGCAAGAGUCUCUUUUCGAGGAAAUGUUGCAAGUGAACAAUGCUGUCGAGCCAGAUCAGGUUAUUUUUGUCAUGGACGCCUCAAUCGGUCAAGCUUGCGAAGGUCAGGCAGCAGCUUUCAAAAAGCACGUGAACAUCGGCUCCGUUAUCAUUACAAAACUGGACGGCCAUGCGAAAGGUGGAGGUGCUCUGUCAGCUGUUGCUGCGACGAAGUCUCCGAUUGUUUUUAUCGGAACUGGUGAACAUAUCGAUGACUUGGAACCAUUCAAAACUCAAGCGUUCAUUCAAAAACUACUGGGAAUGGGUGAUUUGAACUCUCUCUUCGAGAAAGUGACAGAACUUAAACUAGAUGACAACGAGGAGCUAAUGACGAAGUUACAUAAAGGACAGUUUACGCUGCGAGACAUGUACGAGCAGUUCCAAAACAUCAUGAAGAUGGGUCCGUUUGGGCAGAUAAUGAAUAUGAUUCCUGGUUUCAGUCAGGACUUCAUGAACAAAUCUACCGAGCAAGAGUCGAUGGCGAGACUGAAGAAAAUGAUGACUAUUAUGGACAGCAUGAACGACCAAGAGUUGGAUAGCUUAGAAGGUGCCAAAAUCUUCUCCAGACAACCGGGCCGAGUAUCACGUGUCGCUAGGGGAGCUGGAGUUUCCAACCGGGAUGUGCAAGAACUGCUCACGCAAUACGGCAAAUUCGCUCAGAUGGUGCGCAAAAUGGGAGGAAUCAAAGGUCUAUUUGGUAAGAAUGGAGACAUAAAUCCCAAGAAUCUGAACCAAGGUCAAAUGGCAAAGCUAAAUACGGAAAUGGCGAGAAUGAUGGAUCCCAGAGUGUUGCAGAAGAUGGGUGGCAUGGGUGGACUGCAGAAUAUGAUGAAGCAAUUUUCCAGCACUCAGAAAGGAGGGGGAGGCGGACAAGGUCCUGGAGGAGGACCGAACUUUGGUUUCAUGUGAAAACUUUUUUGAUCUAGUGUAAUUAUGUCGCAAUUUCUGACGAGAACUCAUAUAUUGUUCAGAACUUUUUUUUACAUUUGGUGACAGAAAUUAUAAUUCUUAGUAGUCUGAGCAAUAAUUUCCUGUCAAGAAACAAACGCAACUACGGCGUCGUAAUUUUAUUGGGUUGAUUUCUUUUUCCUAAUUAGUAUUUCAAAUUCUGUAGGUUAUAUGAAGCGUGAAUUUAUGGGGAAGUUGCAGCAUAUCUAAUGUAUAAAAUUGAUAUUUAACUUA